UAUGCUAACAUGAGAUAGCGUCUCCGGUCAGCUGAGCUAUUCACAUGACAGCUUUUUCUAGCUCCAGGCGAGUCGUUCUGCCCGGUGAGGUGAAAGUACCACUAAGUAUCUUUUUGUCGCGUCGGAAACCAGCAUGUUAAAGUUACUUUAAGCUGUCGGAAUCGGACACAGAGCUAAUGCUAACUAUGUCUCCGUUAACGCACUGAAACCGAACGGAGAGGAAAGCUAGCAAACAUUAGCAGCUUCAACACCGCUGACGACUACAGCACAUUCUUAGCUUUUACUUCCUCACACAAAUAGGAAAUAUCCCCCAGAAUGAGUCCAGAGGGGAAGAAGCUGCUGAAUAUCAUCAUCCUGGGCUUCGGCUUCAUGUUCAUGUUCACCGCCUUCCAAACAUGUGGAAACAUCGAGCAAACAGUUCUGGAGAACUUUCACAGUGCGGAGUUCAAUGGGACGGGAUACACGAGCCUUGCCAUCAUCUACAGUGUCUUCUCUGCCUCCAACCUCAUUGCUCCUUCAGUGGUGGCUGUGAUUGGACCUCAGCUGUCCAUGUUCUUCAGCGGACUCCUCUACAGUGGCUACAUUGCCAUGUUCAUCUACCCGUACACCUGGACCUUCUACACGGCCUCGGUGCUGGUGGGAAUCGGAGCAGCAGUUUUGUGGACGGCUCAGGGAAACGUUCUUGCCAUCAACUCCAGCGACAGCACCAUCGGUAGAAACAGUGGAAUAUUCUGGGCUCUGCUGCAGUUUAGUUUAUUCUUUGGGAAUCUGUACGUCUACUGUGCCUGGCAUGGACACGUCCACAUCACAGACAAAGACAGACAGACGGUGUUCAUCUCACUCACCGUCAUCAGCCUGGUCGGAUGUUUCCUGUUCUUUCUGAUCCGAAAACCCGACGCUGAGUCCGCUUCUUCUGAGGCCACAGAGGCAUUACUGCAGGGGGAGUCAGACAGCGACUCCGUGGUCAGUUCUCCUCAACCUGGACUCUGUUCACAAGCUCUGGACGCUUUCAUAAAAGCCUGUAAACUGUUCGUCACCAAGGAGAUGCUGCUGCUGAGCAUCUGCAUCGCAUACACAGGUCUGGAACUGACCUUCUACAGCGGUGUCUACGGAACCUGCAUCGGCGCCAUGACGCAGUUCGGACAGGAUGCCAAGAGUCUGAUCGGCAUCUCGGGGAUCUGCAUCGGAGUUGGAGAGAUCCUGGGAGGGGGCGUCUUUGGGAUGUUGAACAAGUGCAACCGUUUCGGCCGUAACCCGGUGGUUCUGUUCGGACUCGUCAUCCACUUCGUUGCCUUCUACCUGAUUUUCCUCAACAUCGCCAGCGACGCCCCCAAACAGGAAACAGACGCUCGGGCCUUCAUGCAACCCAACCUGGGCGUGGCCUUGUUGUGUAGUUUCCUGUUGGGUUUGGGCGACAGCUGCUUCAACACUCAGCUCCUCAGCAUCAUCGGCUUCAUGUUCAAAGAUGACAGCGCCCCCGCCUUCGCCGUCUUCAAGUUCAUCCAGUCCAUCAUGGCUGCCGUGGCAUUCUCCUACAGUAACUUCCUGCUCCUCCACUGGCAGCUGCUCAUCCUGGUUCUGGUCGGGUUCCUCGGGACCAUGACCUUCUUCGUGGCCGAGUGGGCGGCCGAGUCCCGGCGGCGGGAGUCGGAUUACGACAGCAUUUGAUUGGGUGCGGACGAGGAGGAGGCAGUCUGCAGGUUAAAGGACAAACUGAUGCUCAUGCACGUGGCAUUGACCUGAUUCCACUACUGUGAUGGAUACGUGCACGUUAAAAGCCAAAAAAACACACACACACCCACACACGCACACACACACACUUGAACCAUUAAUUACAUGACCUGGGUUCAAACAGCUGCAGUGAAUCCAUCCACUAACAGUGACAUCUGCUGGUCAACCUGGAGAUUACAACUGGAUUUAUGAUCAGAAAUGGGCUGAUAUUUAAGGCCUUUUGGUUUGAGCAAAACACUUUUUUUCUAGCUUUUUUUUUUUUUAACUUCUGUCACUGGUUCACUAAAAAAAAUAGUCAUACAGAUGAAACUCUGGUCCGUAUUUAAGGAUCAUAAUGGACCGAAACGUUAGAAUAAAACAAAUAAAAGAAGAAGAAACAUGACAGAAACGAGUCAUUCUGAACAACAACACAACAACGCUCAUAUUCAGACAAUUAUACACAAAAGGAAACAUAAUCAUGACAAAUAUCUUAUCACAUCACAUCAUCUGUUUCUGAUGAAUCUGUUUAAGUCAUGGGUGUCGAACAUACGGCCCGUCGGCCAAAACCGGCCGCCAAAGGGUCUGAUCCAGUCCAUGGGAUGAAGAAUUAGACUGAAGAUAUUAACAAUUAUUACAGUUUAGGUUUCACAUUCAGACCAAUAUGAUCUAAAGUGGAUCAGA